UCCCAGAAUGCGUGACUGUUGCAUAUCGAUGGCGGAGAGCAAUGACUGAGGAGUUUGAUGAAGAUGUGGUAUUUGAGAACUCUCCUCUCUUCCAGUACCUGCAGGAUCUAGGACACACAGAUUUCGAGGCAUGUCCGACCGUAUCACAGGAGGAAGAGUGUGGUGGAGGAGAGGCGACCAUCUCCCAGCAGGAUUUCCCUCCCAAAUCUACAGGAGGGCUUUUAUGGCAAUGGGCUGAAGCCGUAUGGAGGCGCACCCCGUUUCACCAGGCCGCGGCUUCCCAUAGGAUGGAGCAGCAGCUGGACGGUGUGUUUGGCCAGUACUCUGUGAGGUGUGUGCUGGAGCAGGACGUGCUGCUGCAGGAGGAUGUGGAGCUGAUUGAGCUGCUGGACCCCAGCCUGCUCACCCUGGGCUCCUCCUCGGGCUGUCCCGGCCUGGGUCACACCCUGCCCAGGCCCCGCCUCCUGGCCACGCCCUCACACUGGGACGUUGCUGUGCUGGUGGGCCUGGCCGCCGUGCUCCUGGGCCUGUACACCAUCUCAGAGGGGGUGUGGUCUCUGGCGGCCGUCCCCUGGGGUGCAGCUGUUCUGGGCUGGGUGGGGCUGAGGGGAGCGGGCUUGUGGAGGCAGGGCCAGAUGCAGAGGGCCGUACAUACCCGGGCCUCAGAGCUGCAGGCACUGGUGGGGAACAGCAAAACGCUGACCAGCCUGGCUCGGAAAUCCCUGCGUCUGGUGCAGGAGACGGAGGUCAUUUCUAGGGGGUUCACCCUUUUGCUCGACAGGGUGAGUGCCGCCAGCUCCUUUAGCAGGGCAGGGCCGGGGGCGGGGCCUAGAGGGCAACAGCUGAUUGGCCUGAGGAAGGCGGUUUACCGGGCCCUCCGCUCAGCCUUCCGAGCGUCCCGCAGAGCCACCUGCCACAUGCUCAAAUCGUACCCCCUCAACUCUGAGAUCGACAAUGUGACCAACUACGUGUCUGCUGUUCCGCUGAAGGAGCUGGGCCUGGGCCUGGGGGUGGAGCAUCUGAGCGACGAGCAGGCGCAGGAGCUAACAGACGACUUCAGCCUCCCGGCCCUGAAGGUGCUGUUCCAGCUGUGGGUGGGACAGAGCUCUGAGUGUUUCCGCCGAUUGGCCCUGCUGCUGUCACCGCUGCGAUUGGAAGAACCCUCUGAGGGCGGGGUGAAGGGCGAGGCCUGUCCGCCUCUGCAUUGCACUAUCGGUAUGGUAACGGAACCCCUCCACCAUGCCCUGGCCAGUUGCCUGGGCGAUCUGCAGCGCAGCUACGACUUCCACCGCUACUUUGAGACCCAACCGCGGUCCCACGGCACGGACAGGGUGGGGCGCGCCAGGGAGAAAUGCCGAGAGCUGAACACCCUCCACACGUCGGUACGCAGCCUUCAGCUGCACCUCAAAGCCCUGCUCAGCGAGAUGAUCAUCAUGGAGGACGACCUGGAGAAGCUGAUGGUGUCCAGGGAGGCGGUGGAGGUGACGUGUGAGGGCUACCAGGACCUCAGUGACCGGCUGCACCACCUGCAGCCCCACAUGCAGGCCAGCGCCGGCUGCUGGGAGGACACACUGGGCCAGGUGGAGCGCAUGCUGCGACGCGCCAACAACUGCCCGGGAACCCCUGAAGGCCCAGAGCAGUGUGACCCCCCUGUCCCCAAGGCCCCUCCCCCCACCUACACCCUGAUCCUGGACAGGGACCCUGUGCCUGAGGAACAGGAGCUGGAGGCGUACGUGUCGGACUCAGACUCUGACGGCGAGUUUAAGGGCUCGGUGUGUGACAUGCUGUCCCCAGAGGACAGGGAGCGGCAGCGGCGGGAGAGGGAGGAGUCUCGCCGCGUCCUGUCAGAGCUCAAAGCCGUGCUGGGCAUGCGAGCCUCCGAGGGAGAGAGGAGGAAGUGGAAACAGCUGCUGUUCAACGACCAAGCCGCAGUGACGCCUACCGUGUCUGGGGAACUUCCGAGUGACUCCGCCCCAGUGGAGGCUCCGCCUUCUGUGGAAGCUCCGCCUUCGGUGGCCGUGGCAGAGACGGACGGCAGGGAGGGAAACCAUCUGCCAGAGAGUUUUAAAGAGCAGGAGAACCAGGAGGAGGUCAGGGAUGACUCUUCCCUUAAAGAGACUGAGAAAGAGGCUGAGCAUGUGACUGAAUUCACUUGUGGUCGGGUGGAGGAGACAGGGGAGGAGACAGGGGAGGAGGGAGGAUCAUCCUCAGAUGGGGGGAGCGCAACGCGUCUCUACCAAUACGACGGGCUGCCUGGAGAGGGGGCGGGCCAGAACGGGGUGGACUGCCUGCUGCGACAGAGGGUCCUCGCCGUCUCUGUGAUGGACCGGCUGACGGAGAUGCACGGGUCGGCCACGCUCAGCUUUAGCUCCGCCCUCGCCGCCCAGGUGGCCGCACGCUCACACACCUUUACCAACAUGGAGGAGCAGACUUUUGGAGAUGACGAGGAGGGAGAUGAGGAAGAAGAGGCUUCUGAAACGAGUGGACGACGGGUGCCCGAGGGAGAUUAGAAGCCACAACCAACGGUUUACCUAGCAGUGAACAGAGCCCCAAAGAGCCGUGGUUAAGUCUGCUCGUCUGGCUUAUUUAUUGAUGAGUCACUAUGGUAUUUCACCUUAGCUAUGUGAGUGAAGGAUGACCAUAUGUGUUUUAAAGAGCGGCGUUAUGCUCUUCUGUUAACUUGUGUGACGCUCAGAUCCAUUCUUCCGUCCGCUUACCCACAAUCCCCUCUGGGUUCUCCUGUUCUUCUCAGGUACAAAAAAACAACAACACAAACUCUAACCUCCUGUGAAUGUCCUCUGUGUACCGGUUUAACAAUCCACAUGUUAGCACAGCGUGGGGUUGUGGAGAGGUUGAUAGUUGCAAUGAAUGCAUUUAUUGAAUGUCCUUUUUACAAGAACUAAAGCAAUGCAUGAUUUUGGUUACAUUUCCCAAAUCAUUAAUACUUGAUUCUUAUUGUGACCACUAGGGGUGUAACGAUACACUCACGAUUCGAUACGUAUCACGAUACUGCGUGUACAAUACGUAUCACAAUAUUUUGAACAACAUUUUAAAUAAAACUGAAAUUCAAUGAAUGGAUUUAUUUCCAAAACAUUAAACAUUUUCAAUUAUUUUCUUUGUUGUACAUACAAUUUCGUGAACUCAGUUCAAGCUAUUUUGUGAAUGCAAUGAAUGCACGCAUGACGUAGGUGCAGAGUAGGUCACGUGCUGGUACCUCAACCAAUAGGAUCAAACGUCAUAUUGUAAAAAAUAUUGCCAUAACUAUGUUACAUAUAGUUAAAAUGUUGUAUUGUGAUAUAUUGUUCCACAAUAUAUUGUUACACCCCUAGUGACCACCUUACUCAUUGCUCCCUAUAUUGGCUACUGUGCAGAGGUGGGUGUGAUGCUGGUGUACUGGUUUUUAAGAUGUUCUAGAAGGUGUGUUCAGCCAUGGAUGGAUUCUCAGGUAGUGAAUCACUGAAUCAGAGGGCUGAAUGUUACUCAGUGGUACUUUGCUGACCAUAACACAUGCACACACACUUGAGGAAAGUGGAAAAGGGGGUUUAUAGAACUACUGUAUUUCUGAUUCUUUCAAAGGUUUCCAUGUGUCUCGUCUUAGUACCAGUAAAUCUGCUGAAAGCCCUGCAACUUAGCCCACAACAUCAAAUUGACAGACUCCACGAUGAAAAUGUGGUCUUCAGUAAACCUUAAAUGUGAUGUUGAGCUUAAACUGUACUUUGUCUUGUCAGAUAUGUUGGCAAAAACAUUGUCACUGUACUUGUAUAUCAUUAAGGAAAUGUGUUUACAUUUUGGUCAGCUGACAAAAUGUGUUACAUAAAUCACAACAUAAAUAUGUUAAUUGCAGGCACUUGAUUGGGCCUCUCCUCUCUCCGUACUAGUGCAGGGUCAGUACUGCUCAGCAUGAGCGACAUAAAGUGAGAACAGAUGUAAAUGUGACACACAAAGUCACAAGACUGGAACGCUGUGAGAUAUCUAAUGGAGCCAAUAAAGUAGGUUUAGUACUUUACUGCUUCCUUCCCCAUCGUCAUGGCGAUUACCACUGACUUCUGAAUUCAGAGGUUGCUUUGGCUCACUGUUCCAUGUCUGAAGGAGCUUCUGUCUGAAUACUGUUGUGUCUUGAAUGUUUUAAAUAUUUCAUGGAGGCUCCAGUCCAGUCUCUCUCUGCGUUUGUGUUUACAAUGGUUCACUCUACAGUGAGAAUGAUUCGAGAAGUGCGUUUGAGGCAAUUAUUCAGUGUUGCACCUUGGAAUUUAUGCAGCCAAUGUCAAUUUGUCUAUCAGAAUGUUCAACAAAUGUUUGCACGAGCCAACUGCACCUGUCAAUGAGUGGAUAGUGUAAAAGUUAACCAUUAUGUUGGUAUAAGGAAAAAGUUCUUGUUUUAUAGCAAAACCUUACAAUUGCUUACAUUAUUUUGCCCAGUGCCCACCCUCCCUUCUGUACCAUUGUGUCUGCCUCCCCUCUUGCAUCGUUGGGUGUGUCCUCUCCUCCUGUCCAGACUAUGUUUCAUUUCUAAAAUAAAAGCC